UAGCUUUAUUUAGUGAAACAUAUAAAGAUGUUUAUAUUUGUAAACUUAUUAUCAUUGCUUACUCUAAGAGAUUGGAGGAGGAAGGGCCAGGAUUUUCGGUUAUAUGAACUUUCCGGAAAUUGUUAACCAUUUCGGUUUUCUAGAUGAGCCUCGCUUUGAAAAGCGUCACUUUCGGACCACAGACUUAGUCAUUUCAGAGAAGUUUGCUGUCACUUUGAAUUGUUGAACAAAAAUCAGUGCAUAGAUUGACAUAUUUUGAAUUGUAUGUGUUGAGUGAUAUUUUCUACAUUGCCGGACGAGCUUCCACUAUUUACAAUGCCAAAAAGAAAACCCUCCGCGUCUACCAGUGGUAAAGGCAAGGCAACAACAUCAUCCACUAGCGACGACCACAGGUUGGCGAGCAUCAUCGCCAAUGCUUUAGUGCAGAAUAAGUCUGCACUGAAGGAAGUAGCCGCCUUAUUACCACCAAUGACGAUAGAACCAGGCAUCCGCCCCGACGGUACAGAGGCGGAAUUAACAGAACCGGAUCAUGCCGUCCAAAAGCAGCCGCGGCUGGGUAACAGAGGCUUUGGAACUGGCUCCUCACCUAAACAGGGACCCUGUACCAAUUCCACGAGAAAUGUCACCAUGGAUAUUGCUCACGUGAAGAAGUCCUUGUUGCAUUCUUCUCUGGCUCCGGGAACCCAUAAAGCUUACGAUCGGUUUUGGGAACGGUUUCUAUGCUUUGUUUCUACCAGUGUUGUCCAUUUCUCACCCUUGCCUGCCACACCUGAUUGCAUAUCAGAUUUUGUUGCACAUCUACACAUCUUGGCUUUUGCACCAUCUUCCAUAAGCAGUCAUUUAUCUGCUAUAUCUCACUUCCAUAAUAUAUCCGGUUUCACAGACCCUUGUGAAAACUUUAUUACUCGCAAGAUGUUAGUGGGAUGUAGAAAGAUAAACCUCCGUUCAGAUACACGGAAGCCAUUGCUAAAUAAUCACAUUCAAUUACUCUGUCAAGCAGUUAAAGAAAUGUUCGCUCAUGUUCCAUACCUUAAAUACUUAUAUAUGGCAUUAAUUUUGACUGCCUUUAAUGGUUUUUUCAGAUUGGGAGAGCUCCUUCCUGCCACAAUCUCUUCAGCAGAUAAAGUAGUUCAAAUAACUGAUCUAUCAUCUUCCUCUAAAUCAGUCCGGCUUAAACUACUCAAUCACAAAACAAAUAAGUCUGAUAAGCCAACGUUAAUUCUUAUGAAAUCCUUACAAACAAAUUGCCCUGUAAAAGCAUUAAAUAAUUACUUGUCUAUGCGGGGACAGUCUGCUGGUCCUCUGUUCUUAUUAGCCAAUAACUCGCCCUUAACAUUACCUUCCUUUCGGGAGGUUUUUAAGUUACUCUUACGUUUAGCAAACUUAUCACCAGUUCACUACAAACUCCACAGUUUCAGAAUUGGAGCUUGCACUCAAGCAAUUCUUUCUGGUACACCCGAAAAUGAAGUAAUGCGCAUGGGCCGCUGGAAAUCUAAUGCAUUCAAACGUUACAUUCGAAUGCCAGUUGUUAAUGCCACUCACUAAUAAGCAUGAUAAAUUAUAGAACUUGUAUUACUUUGUAAUGUACAUUCAUAACCAAUGUUUGUGCACUGGUUUUAAGUUGCAACACCUGAUUCAUUAUUAAUAUGUGUGUCAUGCCACACUGUAAUCAUACUAGUUAGUCUUAUUUUUCUGCCAUAAGCUGUAAUGUCAAACUGAUAUUUUGCACAGUAUUAAGAUAUACUGCUCACUUGUGCAUACCUCAUUCCCCCCUUUUAGUCCAUUGCUAAUACGAAAUACCUUCUUUCAAUAUUUGGGUGUACUGAUUAAUAUGUGUCAUUCAACUACAGCCUGUUUACAGGUUUCAUAUUUACAAACAGUAUUGGGGUGUACUGUUUAUUAUUGAUAAAUUGUUCAGCUUUUGGCAUCAAACUGCAACUUGUUUGUAAUUUCAUAUUUUUAAACAGUAUUGGGGUGUACUGUCCUUUUGUACAUUGUUAAACUUAUGUCAUUCAACCACAACUUGUUUGUAGAUUUCAUAUUUCUAAACAAUAUUCACAUAUACUACUUAUAAUAGUGUUUCUAUUUUUAUUUAAUUGCCUUAGACUUUACCAAAUUGAUUGUUUUUCACAAUAGUGCAUAUAUUUCUAUUAUGUACAUGCUGACUGCCUAAUGUAAUUGCUUAUUUGGAAAUACUUUCAUCUUGUUGUUGAAACAAUGUAUUCUUGAUUCAAUUAUUAUUUGUUAAAUUGUCAUAUUGCUGUGCCUUGCUUAUACAUCUCAAAUUCUAACAAUGUUUACUGCAUUAAUUGUUUCAAGUUCACUUUUAUAAAAAAUUUCAUAGGUCUUCGCCUAACUUUUUCCUAACAGUAUUGGGGUGUACUGUUACUCGAUCUGACAUGCAUUGUUUUGACUAUGUACAUUUGUAAAUACCUAAGUUGUUUUAUUUCAACCACAUUAAUUGUUACAUUAUGAGUUCAACAUAUUUCAAACUGGAUACAUAGAC